GAUGGAGCUGUCAGUUUUACUAGGGAAAGGGAGAUAAAUAAUACGCCGCCCUCUGAUUUGCUUUCUCAGAAAAGGAAAUCAACUUUUCCAUCGCCGGGGAUUUAAGAAAAGUGUUGAAGCAGUUUGAAUAAAUGUUUCUGACAACGUAUGUCUCAAAAUGGCUGCGUAUGUGCUAUUUUGUUAAGUAUGCAACUCCGAUUUCUGCUUCUUUUUAUCUUUUUGAUGUGAUAUUCUACUUAUGUUAUGCUUUUGUUUUUUCAAACACACCAUAAGUGUCACUAACUCCUACUUAUUUUGUAUAAUUUUACUUCCCCCAAAAUCGGGUUUGAACAUUGUGAAUAUAGAUUAAAUGCUUUGAAUUUAUCUAUCAUUGUUGAAUGGCUUUGCCAUCGAUUAACAAAAAAUACUCCUUCCACUCCACAUUACGACCACUUCUACCCAGGCCAUCCUUCGGGCAGAAGAUGACCCUGUAUUUGGUGUAUUCCUGUAAAGCAAUAGAGGAAGUGAUCCCUAAAGGAAUCACUUCACUACCGAAGUAGAUUGACUUGAACAAUCAGGUGAGUUAAACUUCAAUCGGUGGGCGUGGUUCCAGCGCACCUGCAAAUGCUUAUAAAUUGUUUCAGCAAAGUCUGAGCAGUGCAAUGUCUUGUAAGACAGUAAAACAAUUCAGAGCAUUUGUUCUAACGAUUAUUCAGCCAUGGCUUCUUCAAAGCCAUACAUUGGCUGUAGAAUAGGGCUGCUUUCAAAGGCCCAAAAUCGUUAUGAGGGGAUUUUAUACACAAUUGACAAAAAUAAUUCCACAGUUGUGCUGGCAAAAGUAAAGUGUUUUGGAACUGAGGGGCGUCCUACUGAAAGACCAACAUCCCCCAAAGACGAUGUCUACGAGUACAUAACUUUCCGUGGAAGUGACAUCAAGGAUAUCACACUGUGUGAAUCUCCGAGGUCUUAUCAUGGCCUACCCCCAGAUCCAGCAAUCAUACAAUCAUCCAGUUCAAGCUCAGGCAUAUAUUCAAGUCUUGGACUGUUUAGCCCUGUAAGAACGCCUGCUUAUAAUCACCUUGCUGCCAGCUCCUUUCUUAGCCAGCAGUAUGCUGCUGCUCUUGGACUGGGGCCUCUCCUUUCAGACCUGCAUUUCAGACGGGGCCCCAUGGUAGAGAAGGCUGUUCAAACCAUCCAAGUAGAAAGACAGAGAAGAGGUUUGACUACUUCCCAGGAAGGGCAGUGGAAUAGGAGGAGGCCCCCAAGGACCAGGAGAGUGAACUCCCAGCCCCAAAAGGACCCUACUACUAGAAGUUCAGACUCUGGUGUGAUUUCUAAUCGACCAGAAGCACAGCAGCACAACACUGACCGUCCACUGGCCAGAAGAAGGCAAGCACCUCGACAUCAGAGCAGUGGUAGAGGACAGCUAAUGGUGGCUAACAUUCCAUCGCCUAUUCUCAAAUUUGAUACAGACUUUGACUUUGCUUCAUCCAAUGCACAGUUUAUCAAAGAGGAGCUUGAGAGGGAGUUGCAGGAAAAAAGGAAACUAAAAGAUGAAGACAUUAAGAAGGCAAAAGCAGAGAUGCACACGUUGCUGGAGUAUGAGGAUUUUAGCCCGAAAUGUUACUAUGACAAAGCAAAGUCUUUUUUUGACAAUGUCUCCUCUGAUAACGGGCUUAGUUUCAGAUUAACAUGGGCUGAGGAACGGAAGCGCAAUUUGGAGACUUUUGGAGUCACUGGCCGGUUCAUAAGGUCAAGGCUUAAGAGGUAGAUUUAUUGGACGCAGAGGACGAGGAGCUGCUCAGAUUCUAUCUUUAGACAGGAUCCAGAGAGGACGUGUGUGAAGACCACAGAAAACUAAAUCUGGAUUUUUUUUUUUUUUUUGGUCCAUUUCCUCAUUGUUGAACUUAAAUGCCAAACUAUUUUUUUUUUCUUUAGGUUUUUGUUUUUUUGACUAUGUACUAGAAGACAAUUUAUUUAUAUGGUUAAUGUAAUUUUGUUCUGAUUGAGGCACUCAACAUUUGAAGUGUUUAACUGAUUUUUGUCUUAAUUUGAGCACUCGUAUAAUUGUCAAAUACUGUAAAUAUAAACAUGAAGUUAAAUCUGUAUUCAAAA